ACAUGUAAAUAUUUUCAGUUUCAGUUUCUUGACUACUAUAAUAAGAUGUAAUUGUAUAGUGUGGUCAGUGUAAUGUUUGGGUCUAGUAGCUCCGGACUGUAUCCAGGUGCAUGAAUACCUUGUUUACCGAGAUAAAGAUUUCUGUUACAACUGGAAAACAACAUAAUGGCACACAAUGGCUGUUGUCAUCUGACAGCUUUGCUGUUCACCACCUUCGUCAAUAUUUUUGAUUUGAUCACUGAUUGGUCAUUUUACAUUGGAGAGGUGUCAAUCAAAGACGGCUUGGUGUUCGGUCCUUACGAACCUAACAUUGUCACCACUAUGUUAGUGUUCUGUGUGAUAGCCAGUGUGACGUGUGUGUUAGAAGUCGCUCUAGACUACCUCAACUACAACAAGAAGAGUAAGACAGUGGAACUUGUAGUGGAUAUUCUUGCUGUUACAACACUACUGAUUGAGGACUUACCUCUCAUUGGUAUCAACCUUCAUAUAGCCCUGUGUAGAGAAGAGGCGACCAAUGUCAUACAGAUAGCUAAGGCUUCAACAGCUAUAUUUGAAGCUUUAGUGAAGCUAUGCAUUAUGGGUAUUCAUUUUUUGAGAAACAAAUGUAAAAAAACAAAUAAAAUUAAAAAAGCAAAAAAGUUGAGAAAAGCAUUAAAGAUUUGCAUAGUAUUUCUGCUUGCCAUCAAUCUGAUCCUAUCGAUCAUAGUCUUCUCUAUCACCAUAAACUUCCAGAAGUCUCACAUUGAGUUUGACAGUCCGGGUCUAGACACGGAGGUGUCCAAUCGUUACCUCCAAGGUGUUGGUGUCUUUAUGAGGCUCCCUAACAUACCAAACAUGGCAGAAAACCAGUGGAUGAUGUUGACAGAUCUUAAAAAUAUUACUCUUCUAUCGUCACCAACGUACGGCAUGUUUCUCAGUGUCCUGAUUACUACAGCACCAUCCCAGUAUAUUCGGGUGAGGAAACAUUUCCCUGGGCCACCAGAGUCUAUAUCAUGUUACAAGAGACAGUCAACAUCCAUGAUUCUUUGUCCUCCAAAUAGCUGUUCCAACCUUACAUCCAGUGCUAACACUACGACUGUGUCCUUACGUUUUACUUACAUUCGACCAAGCAACUUCCAGCCAAUGGGAGAUAUUCACUACAACACUGAGCUUCGUCAGGAAUUCCAUCAAAUUUUGACUAAUGAAACCGUUUUAUUGAAAUAUUUCAAGGUCAGGCCUGAAGUGAAGGGUGACCUUGCCCUGACGACUACAGACAAAGGAGGCCAGUAUCGGUUCUACAAUGAAGAUAGCGACCUGUUGUCAACACAUGAAGUGUGGACGACUGGCACUUUAAAUUGUGGAAACACUGGUCGAGAAUCCCCCAAACUAGACACAGACCUUUUUGUGAGAUGUGUGUUUUGAUACUGUAGUUGUUAUUGGUUUGUAUUGAAACAAUUCAGGUACAUUAUGGUGAUUUUUAGGUCAUUAACAGGAUUCUGCAAUCAUUAUACAGAACAUUAUACAGAAUAACACAAAAUAUUGUAACUAUUCAGAUAAAGCCACCUUAUAGAUGGGGGACAGCUAGGACAGGAGUUCUGACAGACAAUGUUCUACUGUUAAUCUGUAUAGAUGGGGGACAGCUAGGACAGGAUUUCUGACAGACGAUGUUCUACUGUUAAUCUGUAUAGAUGGGGGACAGCUAGGACAGGAUUUCUGACAGACAAUGUUCUACUGUUAAUCUGUAUAG